AAGAAGCUUGCAACCCUAGCAACCGGCGCACGGCAAUUGUAGAGAGAGAGCGAGAGAGCUGAUUGCAGAGACGGAGAGAAAGAGAGAGAGAGACGAUUGUAGAGAGGGAGAGAAAGAGAGACAGACGAUUGCAGAGAGGGAGAGAGAGAGAGAUUGGAGCUAAUUGCAGUCAUGGCAGGCUUGGCACCAGAAGGCUCGCAAUUUGAUGCUAAGCAAUAUGAUGCCAAAAUGAAUGAGUUGUUGACAGCUGAUGGACAAGAUUUUUUUGCCUCAUAUGAUGAGGUUUAUGAAAGUUUUGAUUCUAUGGGCCUGCAGGAGAAUCUUCUGCGAGGCAUCUAUGCUUAUGGUUUUGAAAAGCCAUCUGCAAUCCAACAGAGAGGAAUUGUGCCGUUCUGCAAGGGUCUCGAUGUCAUCCAGCAGGCACAGUCUGGUACUGGCAAAACAGCAACUUUCUGUUCUGGGAUUUUGCAGCAGCUUGACUAUGGCCUAGUUGAGUGUCAGUCUUUGGUUCUUGCUCCUACUCGAGAACUUGCCCAACAAAUUGAAAAGGUUAUGCGUGCACUUGGCGAUUAUUUGGGAGUGAAGGUGCAUGCCUGUGUUGGUGGAACCAGUGUGCGUGAGGAUCAGCGCAUUCUUUCAAGUGGGGUUCAUGUUGUUGUUGGCACACCUGGUCGCGUUUUUGACAUGCUGCGAAGACAGUCCCUUCGCCCUGACUGCAUUAAGAUGUUUGUACUGGAUGAAGCAGAUGAAAUGCUUUCACGAGGUUUCAAGGAUCAGAUUUAUGACAUUUUCCAGCUCCUCCCUUCGAAAGUCCAGGUGGGGGUCUUUUCGGCUACCAUGCCACCCGAGGCUCUUGAGAUCACUCGGAAAUUCAUGAACAAACCUGUGAGGAUCUUGGUGAAAAGAGAUGAGCUGACCCUGGAGGGAAUUAAACAGUUCUAUGUGAAUGUCGAAAAGGAGGAAUGGAAGCUGGAGACCCUAUGCGACCUCUACGAGACCCUGGCCAUCACUCAGAGCGUUAUCUUCGUUAACACCCGACGUAAGGUUGACUGGUUGACUGAUAAGAUGCGCAGCCGGGAUCACACAGUCUCUGCCACCCAUGGUGAUAUGGACCAGAACACAAGAGACAUAAUCAUGCGCGAAUUCCGGUCCGGAUCCUCCCGUGUGCUUAUUACCACUGAUCUAUUGGCUCGUGGUAUUGAUGUCCAGCAGGUCUCGCUUGUCAUUAACUAUGAUCUGCCAACACAGCCAGAGAACUAUCUCCAUCGUAUUGGGCGUAGUGGUCGUUUUGGAAGGAAAGGUGUCGCGAUCAACUUCGUAACACUUGACGAUGAGCGGAUGCUGUUUGAUAUCCAAAAGUUCUACAAUGUGGUGAUUGAGGAGCUCCCCUCAAAUGUCGCUGACCUCCUCUGAUGACAUUUUCCCGUGGUUUAUCGAGGUAAGGUUCGUUUUUAUUAUUAUUAUUUGAAAUAUUGUUAUGGAUUAGUAUAUUAUUCUGGUGAAUCUUGAAACAUAUUAAUGGAGUGAUGUUGGGUCCAAGCACAUUUGCCAUGUUGGGUUCCAUGAGGCACCCAUGCUGUGUGGAGAACUCGUCUUUGCAGGUUUCUUAGCAACAAAAGCAUUUUUGUA